AUGUUUACCAUUCACAAUGGAGGCUUACAGAUUUCAUGCAGAUACUCUGGAACUGUCUGCCAAUUUAAGAUGCAGUUGCUGAAAGGGGACCAAGUACUCUGUGAGCUCACUAAAACAGACGGAAGGGAAAAUGCAGUGUCCCCAAAGAACGUGACAUUGUGUAAAUCUCAGUUAUCCAACAAUAGUGUCUCCUUCUUUCUGCAUAACUUGGACAGUACCUAUGCCAGCUAUUACCAGUGCCGCCUGAUGAUUUUUGAUCCUCCUCCUUUCCAAAUGAGAAAUCUAAGCAAAGAAUAUUUGUAUAUUUAUGAAUCUCAAUUUUGCUGCCAACUGAAAUUCUGGUUACCCAUUGGAUGUACUGGUUUUAUCCUCAUCUACAUUUUUGCAUGUGUAGUUAUUUGUUUGCUGACAAAAAAGAAACAUCGAUCCAGUGUGCAUGAUCCUAAUAGUGAAUACAUGUUCAUGGCAGCAAUGCCCACUGCUAAAACACCUGGAGGGACAGAGAAAGUGAUACCCAGGGUAUCAAUGUCUCCUCAGAUUCCUCCAGAGAGGUGUGACCCGUAA